AUGGACAAAGCUUUGUUGGCCCAUCUCUUUGAGAUCACAGAGGUCUUCAACGCAGACGCAGCUGCAGAUGAGCAAUUGGCUGGCCAGAUCCUUGAAUCUGGUAAUAAUAGAUUCCUGGAGGCUUGCCCCGGAACUUGUCCUGCCUUGCUUGAAGCUAUGGAUGUGAACAUGGCUACAUUCUCAGAAGUGUUCCCAAACUUGAAGGUCAUCAACAAAGACAAGCCCCAUGCCGCCCGUAGGAUUGUCAGCCGGACAUGGAAAUGCGACCGUGUCCUCGACCAAAUUGUGAAGAAAGUGUUCAUGGACACCGAUGGCAUUGUGCAACAGAUUCAUUUCUCCGAUGUGUUGCGGUCCAUGUAUGCCCAGAAUGUUCGAGCCAUGCAGUUCACUCCCUUGUGGAAUGAGAUUUCGGACAAAUUUUCUGCAGCGAAGCACCGAUUCGAUUCGUGGAGCAUGCCCUUUGCUAAAGUUUGCCUCACGUUAGAUGCUGUGAUCCGAACAGCCCAGUCUGCCCAUGAAGAGAGGAAAAAUGAAAAGGUUGGCCACGCAGCUCGGACAUUCUUAGACCUUCUGUCUGAGGAAACAGUUUUGCUCAUUGGGAUGCUUGCUGAUGCUGGAGAGGAAAAUCUGCAGUUGACCAGGACUGAAGCACGAGAUGUUAGCGAUAAGAUCCACAAAGUGUCAAACGUUUUGUCCUUGGAUGAGUGCGCGUUGUCAAGCCACUUUGCAGACUACCACCCUGUAGCUCAGCACAAGUUUGAAUCCGCUGCAGACAUGGAACCAGUGAUGGCCUGGAAAGCAGCUUUGGAUACAGUUCUGGAGGACAAGCGAAAUCUCCAGCACCACCCCCAAGAGGAACUCAGGCAGGCUCUGAGUAGAGCUAUUGGCUGGGGCUGCUCCAGUUCGGGUGUGGAGCAAAACUUUGCAGGUGUCCGAACAUUGACAAAAAGCAUAGGAAACAUGACCGAAGUGAACCUGAGGGAUGAAAUUUUCCUCUUGACCACACAAAAUUGGACCGAAACUCAAGACCAGGAGUUGGCAAAGGCUGCUGCGGUGAUUUGGUCUCAACUUUUUGGGACAGUGAAAGCCGCAAGUUCCAAAGACUCAGUCUUAAGAUCUGUAGCAGCGCAGCGUGGGUGGAAGAAAAGGGCCAAAGAAGGAACAAAGAUUUUGCUUACUAAGGCUUUUCGGAGGCAACGUGCUGCUGCAGUGGCGCAGGAAGUGAAAAAAUGCGGAGAUGACCCGACACCAGGAUUUCUGGUCCACGAAAACGAGCAUUGGACACAAGAACAUGAGAAAGAAACGCAGUUACAAAAAAAAAGACGUAAAGAACGUGCUUUGGAAGCAGCUGCUCACAAUGGGCUUACAACGGAAGAAAAACUCAAUGAAUAG